AAUCUCAAUCUUCAUAUGAGGAUCCACACUGGAGAGAAACCGUUCACAUGUGAUCAGUGCGGGAAGAGUUUCACCUCAUCAGCACACCUUAAGAAACACAUAAACAUCCACACUGGAGAGAAACCACAUACAUGUGAUCAAUGUGGAAAAUCAUUUUUGUGGGCUGCAAGCCUGAAAGAUCACUUGACAGUUCAUUCAGAGGAGAAACCAUAUUCAUGUUCUUUAUGUGGAAAGAGUUUUUCACGGCUGAUUCAUUUAAAACUACAUCAGAAAAUACACUCUGGUGAAAAAGCUUAUAUGUGCUUUGAGUGCGAGAAGACUUUUAUUACAGCUCAACAAUUGAAACAGCACCAGAGGGUCCACACUGGAGAGAAACCCUACAUGUGUUCAUACUGUGACAAGAGAUUCACUGACUCAGGAACUCUGAAAAGACAUGAGAGGAUCCACACUGGAGAGAAACCGUAUCACUGCACUGCAUGUGGGAAGAGUUUCAGAUGCAAGGCGAAUCUCAUUGCUCACAUGAGGAUCCACACUGGAGAGAAACCAUUCACAUGUGAUCAGUGCGGGAAGAGUUUCAGACAAUCAGGAAUCCUUAAAAUGCACAUGAACAUCCACACUGGAGAGAGACCACAUAAAUGUGAUCAAUGUGGAAAAUCCUUUUUGUGGGAUACAAACCUUAAGAAUCACCUGGCAAUUCAUUCAGAUGAGAAACCAUCUUCAUGUUCUUUAUGUGGAAAGAGUUUUUCACGGCUGCAUAAUUUAAAAGUACAUCAGAAAAUGCACUCUGAAAAAGCUUAUAUGUGCUUUGAGUGCGAGAAGACUUUUACUACAGCUCAACAAUUGAAAGAGCACCAGAGGGUCCACACUGGAGAGAAACCGUACAUGUGUUCACACUGCGACAAGAGAUUCAGUCAUUCAGGAGCUCUGAAAAAACAUGAGAUGAUUCACACUGGAGAGAAACCGUACAUGUGUUCACACUGUGACAAGAGAUUCAUUCAGUCAGGAACUCUGAAAAAACAUGAGAUGACUCACACUGGAGAGAAACCCUACAUGUGUUCACACUGUGACAAGAGAUUCAUUGACUCAGGAACUCUGAAAAAACAUGAGAUGAUUCACACUGGAGAGAAACCGUACAUGUGUUCACACUGUGACAAGAGAUUCAUUCAGUCAGGAGCUCUGAAAAAACAUGAGAUGACUCACACUGGAGAGAAACCCUACAUGUGUUCACACUGUGACAAGAGAUUCAUUGACUCAGGAACUCUGAAAAAACAUGAGAUGAUUCACACUGGAGAGAAACCCUACAUGUGUUCACACUGUGACAAGAGAUUCAUUGACUCAGGAACUCUGAAAAAACAUGAGAUGACUCACACUGGAGAGAAACCCUACAUGUGUUCACACUGUGACAAGAGAUUCACUGACUCAGGAACUCUGAAAAGACAUGAGAUGAUUCACACUGGAGAAAAACCGUAUCACUGCACUGCAUGUGGGAAGAGUUUCAGACGUUCAUCUAAUCUACUCACACAUACAAAAAACAAUCACAACCUGAUGGAGGAGAGUGAAGAGCCGAAACAUCAUGAUGGCAAAACUACAGAAAAAACUCACUCACAGACUCAAAGAGUUUCUUUACUGAAAAGAAAAAACAAGAAGAGUUACACCUGCACUCAGUGUGGAAAGAGUUUGACAUGCAAGACGAAUCUCAACAUUCACAUGAGGAUCCACACUGGAGAAAAACCGUUCACAUGUGAUCAGUGCGGGAAGAGUUUCAGACAAUCAGGAAUCCUUAAAAUGCACAUGAACAUCCACACUGGAGAGAGACCACAUAAAUGUGAUCAAUGUGGAAAAUCAUUUUUGUGGGCUGCAAGCCUGAAGGAUCACUUGACAGUUCAUUCAAAAGAGAAACCAUAUUCAUGUUCUUUAUGUGGAAAGAGGUUUUCAUGGCUGAUUAAUUUAAAAGUACAUCAGAAAAUGCACUCUGGUGAAAAAGCUUAUAUGUGCUUUGAGUGCGAGAAGACUUUUACUACAGCUCAACAUUUGAAACAGCACCAGAGGGUCCACACUGGAGAGAAACCGUACAUGUGUUCACACUGCAACAAGAGAUUCAGUCAUUCAGGAGCUCUGAAAAAACAUGAGAUGAUUCACACUGGAGAGAAACCGUACAUGUGUUCACACUGUGACAAGAGAUUCAGUCAUUCAGGAGCUCUGAAAAUACAUGAGAGGAUCCAUACUGGAGAGAAAGCGUACAUGUGUUCACACUGUGACAAGAGAUUCAGUCAGUUAGGAAAUCUGAAAAGACAUGAUAGGGUCCACACUGGAGAGAAACCAUAUCACUGCACUGCAUGUGGGAAGAGUUUCAGUCAUUCAUCUAAUCUACUCACACAUACAAAAAACAAUCACAGUGAGUAGAUCAUAGAUCCAGCACUUUCAAGUCUAAGGUUUCAACCUCACUAAACGUGACACUCUAAUGCAUCGAGUAAUAAAAUCUGUCCAACCAGCCAGCCUCAGAAAAAACUUUCGGUGACCAAAAAAUGUUAGCUAGAAAAAUGAACUCUAGCGACGUGCAUUGCGUUAAAUAUAUGCACCAUAUAAAAUUGUUGUAAAGGCUCCUUUAAGAGAGAGCUUUUAUUCUGACAUCGUAUGUCACACUCAGCUGGAGAGGCAGUAUUAACAUUAAGUGACAUGACAUCUGACGCACCGAAGCCAUUGGCACAUGCCACUGCUCAGUGACACAUCGAGUGACACUUCCGGUUUUCAGUGACAUGUGUCACCGCAGAGUGGCAUGUGCCAGUGACACUUGUGACAUGUGCUGAUGGAUUGUGUCAGUGUCACUCGCGCGGAACAUGUCACUGCUGUGGCACCUGGAGUGACACUGCCACUGUCAGCUCGAGUUUAACGUAGAGCGUGUAACACAGGCACUUAACUGCUUAACUGUAUUUAUGACACGUUUCUAUCAAACAUAGCAUUCCUUUC